GCUUUCGCAGAGAAGUGGGUCCAGGACAGAGACAGAUUCUAUGUUUUCUCCAGCGAUAAAAAGGACUGGAACAGCAGCAGACGACGCUGUCAGGAUCUGGGUGGAGAUCUGGUCAUCAUCAACAACAAAGAGGAGCAGAACUAUCUUGCAAAGAAGAUACACGCUAUUGGCAGAGACGCGUUAUAUUGGAUUGGUCUGACUGAUAGCCGCACAGAAGGUGUAUGGCUGUGGGUGGACAACACCAAGGAUCAUCUUGAGUUUUGGGCGCUGCCUCCUGAUGAUCACAAAUCAGCUGACAAUCCUCUGGGGGAGGACUGUGUUGUACUGAAUGGACGAACGUUUGAGGCCAAGUGGGGAGAUGUUUUUUGCUUGAGGCAGGAGAGAAGCAUUUGUGAGAUUCCCUGUUCUGACUAAAUGAUAUUUCCAUAUGUAGUUUACGCAUCCUUUUACACGCAUGUAAUAAAAUGUGCAUAGGCCCUGGGGAAAAUGUACAAUAAAGAUCAAAUUAAAGUGGCAUAUGAUCAUAAUAAAUGUAAGAGAAAAAAAAUCUGAUUGGUCACUUAAUGUAAACAGUUAUAAAGAGGAGCUUGUUUAGGACUAUUUUGACAUUUUUAUACAUUUUCAUAAAAGAUCAAAGGAAAAACUCUAAACUCAGCCGAAGACUAAGAGUAGUCUUCAGCUACCACAAAUUCUGUGGUUUUUCAGCAUUUUCUGUGUUUGAGUUAGAUUUUUUUUUUGUUUUUGAACCCUUUCCGACAGUGACUGUAUGAUUUUGAGAUCCAUCUUUUCACACUGAUGACAGCUGAGGGACUCGUAUGCAACUAUUAGAGAAGGUUGAAAAGCUCACUGAUGCUCCAGAAAGAAAGCACAAUGCAUGAAAAAUUCUAAACAGAAUGAAGAUUUUUUUCUUAUUUUGCCUAAAUAUCAUAUCUUCUCAUUCAGUACUGCCCUUCAGGAGCUACAGAAGAUAUGUGCAUGUUUCCCAGAAGACCAAAUAAGUUAAUUUUACCAUGGUCUUCAAAUUUAACAUUUUUUCCAACCCCUGGCUCUUAACACGUUGUGUUUCCUUCUGGAGCAUCAGAGAGCUUUUGAAACUUCUGUAAUAGUUGCAUAUGAGUCCCUCAGUUGUCCUCAAAAAUGAUGAAAAAACACGGAAUUUUGUAGCUGAGGAACAUUUUUCUGAAGAACAGCCGGCUGGUUAACUGUUCAAGAGACAAACAAAGAGAAACAUGAACAGCUAUCACUAAAAACACAGCUGUGGAUCAUUCAGCUAACAACACAGUAAUAAAAAACUAGAGUCAUAUUUAUACAUUCGUCUAUUAUUUUCUCUUAUUGACUGUAAAUGUUUUUUAUGUGAAAUGUCUUAUUCAGGUCAGUACUAUAUAAAAA